CAUGCGGAAAGUCUAUGUUCUUCUCGGGGCAGGAUAUCAUUCCCUACAUCUUGCACGCCACAUGCCCUCCAAGAACUCUUUCACUGCAUCAAUCACUCGUUCACUCGUCUCUCCACUAAGCCCCAGCACCAUCCACUCCCUUCCUGUCCUCCCAUCCACAACGGGACACCUGUACAGCAAGAGCAAGAGCAAACCAAAACAUAAACAAACAACGCCACGGUGCUAAUAACACGCCUCCAAACAUUAAUUCAAGUGUUGUAAGGCUAAGAAGCAGCAACCACCGGUGAAUGUGAGACCAGCCACCACCCGGAGUAUAUAAAAAGAUGGGGAACCUGCUCGCCAGUGUGUGGGGGUCGCAGAGUAUAGGGUCGGGUGGAAGCAAGCGGAAAGUGGAGGAGGUGGAUGGCGAGGACGAGGACCCGUUGGACCUUAACUCAGUGCUACAUACACCCAAGAAGCGAAAGUUUAACUCUACCUCCAAGUACAUUUACAAGACGCUGUUUGAAGAAGGUCGAGCCUCGGAUGUGACAGUGGUGGCCCUGGGGACAGAGUGGCAUCUACACAAGGUCUACCUCUGCCAGAGUCCAUAUUUCAGCAGCAUGUUCUCCGGUAACUGGUCCGAGACAAACCAAUCGCAGAUCAACAUUGAAAUCCUCGACGACAACAUUAACAUUGAUGCCCUUCACUUGGCACUGGGUCAGUUUUACAAGGACGACAUUGAAGUUGAGGCAGCACAGGUCAUUCCCCUGCUGGCCACGGCUCUCCUGCUGCAGAUGGACCCCCUCAUUGACCAGUGCACCGGUAUCAUGGUCGAAACUAUCAACCUCCAGACUGUCUUGCAAUAUCACGAGGCAGCGCGCAGGUACGGCGUGGUGUCGGUGGACGUGAUGUGCAAGCAGUGGCUCUUACACAACCUCCUCACUCAGGUGACGGAACACCCGGCCAUCCUGCGUCAAAUCCCCCAAGACCUGAUGUGUGAACUGAUCUCCUCGCCACACCUGUACGUCAUGCAGACAGAGUUCAGCAUCUAUGUAAUGUUAAAGGCUUGGGUGUUUCUGAAGUUAAAUCCGUCUUGGGAAGGUUUACAUGAGGUGGCCUUCCUGGAGGCUCACAAAUACUUCAGGAACAGAACUGAGCCUGGUUGGUUCCUGGAGGCCGAGGGGAAGGAGUACAGCAAGGUGUUCUCUGCCCUACGAGUGGUGUACCUCAUCUACCACCACCUGGAUGUGGAGAUGCUGUACUCGGACCGCAUCCUGCCCCCCUUGUGGCUCACUCCCGCCAGCAUGCAUCAGUGGUACAACAUGCUGCGGAUUGAUCAAGGGAAGGACCAAGGCCCAAGGGAGAUUCCGAAGGAGGAGUUUGACAAGUCCUGUACGCGCUGUGGCCGAGUGCUCGCUAACUCCGGGCAGCACAUAUGGAGGUGGACAGGGUACAACUUUGGGCUGGACUUGGUGAUGACGCACGAUGGGUCCGUCAUUACUCUCAAGCGGAACCACAGAUCAGAGUACAACGCCCAGCCACCGAGACGUUACAUCAUGUACAGGGUGACGGUGGCCUCUCUGAACGAACAAAAGCAAUUAGUGUACACCAAGACCACAGGGGUACAAUCUGCCUCUCUAGUGAAGAAUGACGAGAUCCGGGUAAUGUUGUUGGACCCGGAGGUGAAGUACCCCCUCCUGCUGAGUGCAAACUUCCUCAUCACCACCAACCAGUCUCCCGUCGCCAACAGCGGGGACAAGACAGCCCCCACCCCUCCCUCGCUGCCGCCGCCCUUGGUUAUUUAUGUCAACAGAGUAUAGUCCACCGAGUGUUGUUUUUGUUGCAUUUAAGGCGUCAGGGAGUUUUAAGUUAGUGUUAAUCACCCCUUAAGCUUCAGGAAAUUGUAACGUCUGUGCCAACGUUGUAAAAAUUCAUCCUCCUCAUCCUCUGUAAAAUAGCUCAUUGUCCUUAAUCAUUUUUAGAUGGUCUCCUCUUAUAGGACCUUUUGGGAGCCAUGAGAAUUUAGUUCAGUAUAUUUUUUAGCAUACUGGUUUCACAACUAAUUAACUAGCGGGGAGCAUACGCCAGGAGGUGCGUUACUUCACUCACCAGCUGACCCCACCCCAGACAGGCAAUCCAGGCAAGCCUCCACACAGCUGCCCUUCCCACUCUGGCCCGUGGCACCGGUGGGCUUCCUUGGUGGGACUUGCUGGUUGGCCCCAGUCUGUUAGUGGCACAGGCAAGUGUUUUAUAGUGGUGCCAUUUAUGCUUGGCUCAUGCUGGCCCCCAGAGCUCCACCUGAUCCUCUUUUUAGAGUUUCGCCAGAGCCUGGGUUAACCCGGUAGCAGCAAUGGGCCAAAUUUGUGGCUUUACCGUGUACCAGCAACGGGUCAAAUUUUUGCCAUGAUAUAAACCCCAAAAAAUAGAUGAUGCAUAAACUGAUCACAAAUGCGUUGAUAUAUAUUAUGAAGUGGUUUGUGUGAGUGAUGAUUUUUUCUCAUUAUUCUCGCUUAGAGGGGUCUGUAAGAAACAUAAUCCCCGCAGCUACCGGGUUAGUAGAUGGUCAUCAGAACAGUCUUAGGCCAUUUGGUGAUGACUGAACACUGUCACCUUGUAGUGGCAGGUGGGACUUGAACCUGGAUCCUCCGAACACCGCGUUGCACCACUCAGCCACGCUUCCCCGGAUAAGUUAUUAGGGAUGACCGUCAUUACCAUUACAUUGAAAAAAAGUUGACACGAUAUAAAUCAUUUAUUAUAGGAUCUAUAAUAGAAAUGAUGGCCAUAAGGUUUGUACUUACACUAGAGAUAACUCUGAUAUCCUUUUGAACUUUGUUUCUAAUAUAUGUCUAAAAUUAU